CUUUUUGCUGACUGUCGGGCAACAAAUGCGAGCACGGUACAUCACAAGCAAGUUAAGUGAGCAUCUCAUGCGCCCGUAUGCUUCGCAAUAAUGAGGUGACCCAUCUGUGGGAGAAGCUAGUGCAGGUAACUGUGUAGCAACAACGCUGGGCUGGAAAAGCAAGUGUUUAGCAGAUGUUUCAUUGAUGUGGUGAAUUAAACGCAGAAUACACAAAGCAGUCAGUUUUACAGUGAAAUGAGAGCAUUAUGCAUGGAUAUAAAGACUAUCGCAAUACAUGAAAACGACAAAAAAUACAUAUUUUUUAGAUUUGUUAUAGAGGUAAACGGCUAGGGCUCUGCAGCUAAUAUUAAAUCCCUCCUCGCCGACCGUAAACGCCGCAACCGACGAACAGAUGGCCCGUGCUGCGUUCACGGACAGACAGUUGGCGGAGGUGGCUGCGUACCUCCGCUGCUGUGCGUCACUGCCGUUCAUCUCCCUCUGUCACUCUAGGCUGUGAUGGCGGAGGCGAACGAUACCGACGUAAUGAUGAGCUACCACGGUGAUUUCCCAAAAAACGACAGAAAAAGCAGCCGCUACCCUUUCUGCGUUGUCUGGACACCUAUUCCCAUUUUAACGUGGGUGCUCCCCUUCAUCGGUCACAUGGGCAUAUGCACUUCUGCUGGAGUCAUACGAGAUUUCGCAGGGUCAUAUUUUGUCUCGGAGGAUAACAUGGGGUUUGGUAGACCCACAAAGUAUUGGAAGCUUGAUGUGGAUAAAGUGUGUGGUAAUGGUGCAGCUACAUGGGACAAAGCGGUGCACGAUGCAUCAGAGGAGUACAAAUGCAGGCCGCACAAUCUAUGCUUUGAUAACUGCCAUUCCCACGUUGCCAUGGCCCUCAACCUGAUGCGCUACGACAACAGCACUUCCUGGAACAUGGUGAACCUGUGUGUACUGUCUCUCAUUAACGGGAAACACGUAAGCUGGGCCGCUUUCCUCAAGACCUGGCUGCCCUUCGUCAUGCUCAGCGGAGUCCUCGCCACCUUCAUCCUCACGUUUAACUUACAGUAGUGCGGCAGGCAGUAGAACGAGCUGACUCAGGCUUUUUGGUUAUACUUUAUACACUGUCAUUGACGUGAGGGGUGCGUUCUGAUGGAACAUUUGUUUGUGCACAAACUGAGUGACUGCCUCGUCAUCUGUUGUGAUGCAUUUUCUAAGAGGGUAUUAAAGGGCAAAGCCUAACUGUUUUGUUUUUUUUGGGGGGGGGGGCAGUUGAAAUGAACAAUUUGUCCUUCAAUUAUCGAUAUUUUGAUUAUUUCGUAUUGUGUAUUAUGUUAGCAAGGCACGUUACAGUGUCUGCAUUUGUGUUUUUCCUUUAUUUCCCUUUGUUAAUAUUAUCAUGAAGGAGACGAUGUCCAGAUUAGACCCCAGUACAGUAACGCAUUUCAGUUGCAGAGAUGUAUUUUUCAUGAACAGCAGUGAUGAAUGUGUUUCCAGGCGAGCUAAUAUAUAUUUCAGUGACGAAUCCAUAGAAAACGGAUUGCAAAAUCUUCACGCUGGAAGUAUUCAUCAAUUAUUUGUCUUAGAAAUAUGAGCAGCUAGACCAAAGAUAGAAUGAUGGAAGACCUGCAUGUGAAAAAUUAGGGUAUUGCGUUCCCUCGAAUACAUUUUCCUCCUGAAUAAGAUGCUUUUAUGUUAAGUGACUUCUUUUUUGUUAGUUUUUGCUUUUCUGCAGUAAGAAAUUUUAAUGAUUUCCUUGUGCAUCCUCACACUUGAUCCUGCCAAGUUAUAUGA